AUGGACACAGCUUUCACCCAACUAUUGAACUAUGCCUCGAGGGGACGUUUGUUUCCGUACCCCGAGGAACGAGCAGGGUUUCAAGUUCCCACGGAGUUUUGGUACGGCCCACCGACACACAAACACGACGAUGUUGAGCGGGGUCUAGAGGAUGCUUUUGACGGCAUUGAUGUGGACGGCAACCGCGGGAACCACGAUGAAAGACCUCUCGAGACUUCGGACGGUUCGUCUAUCUUAAACGGAGGUAACAUGGAAAAGGGUUCCGGUUCGGAGUCCGAAGAACUGUAUGUGGGUUGGUAUGGACCUGACGAUCCGGAUAAUCCCAAGAACUGGUCGUCCGUCAAGAAGUCCAUCAGUUCCUCGCAGGUUCUCAUUCUGACAUUUUCCGUCUACAUUGGUUCUUCCAUCUACACGCCUGCCCUUCCUGAGAUUAUGGCCGACUUUCAUAUAUCUCAGGUGGCUGGUCUGAUUCCAUUGUCGGUCUUCGUCUUUGGUUACGGCAUUGGACCGGUGGUCUUCUCCCCUCUGUCUGAACAUCCCGCUGUCGGUCGAAUGUGGAUCUAUAUUGUCACUCUAGCCAUCUUUGUGAUUCUGCAAGUGCCCACAGCUCUCUGUCACAAUAUCGGAUCUUUGAUCAUCCUGCGAUUCCUGGGAGGUAUCUUUUCGUCACCAGCUCUGGCUACUUCCGGUGCUACCUUUGGAGACAUGUACGAGAUUGCGUACAUUCCCUUUGCUCUGGCCUUGUGGGCCAUCUCGUCCAUCUGUGGACCCGUGUUUGGACCAGUUCUGGGAGGUGUGUUUGCUCAGGUCAAGGGCUGGAAGUGGACUUUCUGGGUCCUGGCCAUGAUCUCCGGUCUCUGCCUUGUAGUGCUCUUCUUUUUCUUUCCAGAGACGUCAGAAGGAAACAUUCUGCACCGACGAGCCCGACGACUGCACAAGUUGACAGGAAAGAAGUACACUACUGCCGCUCGGCAGGAAUGGGCCAGCAAGAAAUUGUCGACUGUGGCCUAUGACAUUCUACUCAGGCCAAUUCUCAUCACCUUCACAGAACCCGUUGUCUUUGCUCUGGGCCUCUACAUUGCACUGCUCUACUCCACUCUCUACAGUUGGUUCGAGGCCUUCCCCAUUGUCUUCACCGAAACACAUCGCUUCAACACCAUUGAGUCUGGUCUUGCUUACCUCGGCCUCAUUGUUGGAGGCUUUGUAGGAGUGGCGAUGUACUUGCCAAUCAUUUACAACAAGUUCACUCGUCCUGUUCUCAAGGGAAACUUCCCUCCAGUGUCCAUGUUCAUGAAGCUUUGUCUAAUUGGCUCCACCAUCUUCCCUGCAUCUCUCUUCUUCUUCGCAUGGACCGCUCACAAAUCCAUUCAUUGGAUUGUCCCCAUUAUUGCAUCAGGACUUUGCAUCAUCGGUAUGCUCUUCAUUUUCCAGACCGUGUUCAACUACCUCUCGGGCUCCUACCCCAAGUACAUUGCAUCUGUCUUCGCAGGUAACGGUCUGUUCCGAGCCUUUGUGGCUGGAGGUUUUCCUCUCUUCGCCCACCAGAUGUUCACCACUCUGGGACCUUCCAAGUUCCCCGUGGGAUGGGGAACUACUCUGGUUGGAUGUAUUGGAGUCCUCAUGGGUCUGAUUCCCCUUGUCCUUAUCAAGUGGGGUGACAAGCUCCAGAGCUCCUCUAGAUGGGCUUAA